AUGGACAAAAAACUCAAGGCUUCGCAACUCAAAAAGAGGAUCGCAGUGGAAGGUCUCAAGACGCUAGAACGUUUUCAAGCGGAGUUUGUGCCCGAAUUUGCAAGCCAGAUUCCAGAAGCGUUGGAGGAUUUGGACAGGCACAAGUCAGGGUUUUUCAACUCGAUUGAGAAACUCGAAGAGCAGGAUGAAAACGACGCCAGCAUCGAGGCAUACAUCAAUGAGAGGAGUGAUUUUGAGGACCGUCAUCGGAAGCUUAAAUCAUUCCUACGGGAAAACCAACCGAAGGAAGAGGGUACGCUGAACGACACGUCGGGUUUGGCUUCCUCGACGCUUGCCUUUUUUCGGCCAAACGCUUCUAACCUACGUCUGCCAAAGAUCGAGCUUCCAACGUUUGAUGGAGACCAUACAAGAUGGCUUUCGUUCCGAGAUCGGUUCAUAGCCAUGAUCGACGCGUCUGCAGAACUUCCCGCCAUCGCUAAGCUCCAGUACCUGCUUUCAUCGCUAAAGGGAGAAGCAGCUCUACCCUUUGAGCACACCCCUUUAACAUCCGACAACUAUCCAGUUACGUGGGCGGCACUUCUGAAGCGGUACGAUAAUUCACGGUUGUUAAUCCGUGAAUACUAUCGUAAAUUGCACCAUCUUCCGGGUGUGCAAUUGGUGUGCGUCGACAAGCUUACGCAUCUAGUGGACGAAUUCACUCGCUUUGUCAACGGAUUGGUGAAGCUGAAAGAACCGGUGGAUGCAUGGGACACGCCACUUUCAAACAUGCUGUUGAUGAAGCUUGAUCGUGAGACGCUGCUGGCUUGGGAAAAACAUUCCGUGCAUUUUCCUAAGGAUAAGUACAAGGAUGUGAUCGCUUUUGUGCAGGAUCGGAUCCAGAUCCUAAAGUCGACGAACGAUUUUGCAUGUGAGCAUAUUGGUAAUGUAAGAAAGGUGGCCGGCAAUCAUCAUCAGUCAGUGCAAAAAAGGUCCAUCGCAAAUGCAGCUGCAUCAAACACGACCCAUUCCUCACCCCCGGCUCAUUCUCAGCAAUUGAAGUGUCCCUUAGCAUGCACCGAUGCACAUCUUCUACGCAACUGUCCGAUAUUCAUCGCUAAGGAUGUGCAGCAGCGACGAGAUGUCGUUACAAACAAGCACCUGUGUUGGAAUUGUUUGAGUGGCACUCAUCACGUCAAAUCAUGCAAAUCUGAUUAUUCGUGUAGAACGUGCCGUCAACGUCAUCAUACACUUCUGCAUAUCACUCCGGCCACAGCAGUUACCAUGGCAGCACAUUUGGAUGACGAUAAGGUGUUUCUAGAGACGGCACAGAUUGUGAUUCGAGAUGAUUACGGUAAUGAGCAUGAGGCAAGAGCUCUACUGGAUUCGGGGUCCAUGUCGAAUUUCAUCUCUGAGGAAUGCGCUCGAAAACUAUUGACCAACCGCAACAAGGUCAAUAUUGCUGUUUCGGGCAUCGGAAAUGCGGUGGUACAUCAAGUAAGGGGUUCGAUCGUCGCUACAGUUCGGUCCAAGCAUCAACCCUUCGCUACGGAAAUGGCUUUCUUGAUUUUGGACAAGCCAUCAGCUGCCAUCCCUACUUCAUUUUCGGACAUCUCAUCGUGGAAAAUGCCAGAUGUGGCAUUAGCUGAUCGCGCCUUCAACGUUCCCGGGGAAGUCGACAUCAUCAUCGGAGGCGAUACUUUCUGGGAACUUCACACCGGUCGCAAACGCUCUCUCGGUAUGGGAAGACCGUGGCUGGUGGAAACCCAUUUCGGUUGGGUGGUCACCGGAAACAUUCAUCAUUCAUCGCCUGGUCCGCGACUGUGUCAUCUCGCAGCAAAGGACAUCCCAUUAGAAGACGUCAUGCAUCGGUCUUCGCAGAACCAAACGCUAGCAGAGGAUUCUGCGCUAUCGGUGGAAGAGGCUGCAUGCGAAAGACACACCGUUCGCUACUCAUCGGGAAGGUAUGUCGAUCGUUUACCCUUUACCACCAAUCCAGAUGUCGUUUUAGGGGGUUCACAAACCACAGCAGAUUGUGGACGUCGUUCCAUGAAACGUCGUCUAAACGAUAACCCUAAAAUGAAGGAAGAGUACGUCAAAUUCAUGGUCGAGGACAAGCGGUGGGAUCACAUGAAAAAGGUAACCGAUCCAACAGACGACGUGACACGCGUACUACUCCCAGACAAAAAACUAAAUUGUCAUCGUUGGUGGCACAAGCCACAUUGGUCAAGCAGCAAGCGUGAAGCAGAGCGUCGGUUGUGUCGUCUGCCCCAGCAAGAGUCAUUUUCGGAUGAGCUGCACGAUAUCGAGAACGGUAGGGAUGUUCCGCGCAACUCGAAGCUGAAGUGCCCAUCACCAACCAUUGAGCAAUCGGGAAAGCUGCGCGUUGGUGGCCGGCUUCGUAAUACACAAGCGACUGAAUCACGCUUGAUCAUGCGUUCGAAUGAACUUCUUGGUAGGGUCGAUCAUGCUAGUGUACCGCAGGUUGAUAGGAGUUUGAUUGCGUCAAUCAGCGUCAGGAAACCAAAUCGUAAUCAUAUCAAUUCAUGA